CUAGAUAUUAUUUUCAAAACAUGUGCACUAUGUGUGCUGUAACUUUAUUAAAUGCAAGUUUAAUAAUGACAAAAAAAUCGAGCAUGCAUUAAUUAAUGUCGAACUAACCCCAAAUAGAAUUUUUUGUUUGUGUGAUAUUUGCGUAAUAGUUCUAAGACGAAAAGUAAAAAACCUCAUCUUGUCACAUUUCAAAUUCUCCGCGAUUUCUAGCGAUGAUACUUGAUCUAAAGCGCAUUUGAUCAUCAUAUCCUCGGGAAUCGUAUACGACUGGUCGUAUCGUGCAAAUGGUAUAGACACCGAACAUUUGGUACUAAUAACACAAUGUGGACUUGAGGCUGAGUCUGUUAAUUUCAAAGUAGUAGUAAAGACGUCUGGCCCCUCUUGUUAAAAUCCCAUGACAUGUCAUUUUGAUGAUUUGGGCUAUAUUGUUGGAAAAUGUACAAUUUUAACAUUUUGUAACCUCAUACAGUGUACAUAUAUCAACAUAUUUUCUUCCUAUAUUAACGUCGGUAUCAUCAUUUUAGCUACUAUACUUCAAUUUGUGUUGACCAUUCUCAUUCUUUGUGAGUUCGAACUAAGUUUGUUCUAAAAUUGUAUAUGUUAUUACCAAAUAUAUCUUAUCUAUAAGACGCUGAUGACGGAAAAGAUGACUUGCCUUUCUAUCUACCUUAAUUGUCUUCCAUUUCAUUAGAGUUGUUGUUGGGUUGUCGUGAACAUAUAUCUUCAUUAUUCCUGUACUUGCUGAUCCAAGUUUGAAAGGAUUGAACAAAUCUUACCCUUUGAUUUUCCAUUCCAAAGAAAUACAGGAAGGGAUUGCAGCAUGAGUUUAUAAACGUGAAAGCGUUCAACCAACUCCAUACAUCAAAUUUUUCGUUACCAGCUAAACUUUUGUUCACUGCUGAAUACACUCUGAGGAUGCAAGAGGGGAGGUAAGUUGCGUAGAACAAGCACAUAAUGGCAAAAGUUGUACGUACACUUUUCCUUAGAAAGAAAAAUCUCAAUUGAGAUCUUCCUGAAAGUUUGGAAAUAUUUCUCGUUUGCUUUCUUGCUGUUUUUAGUAAGACACCAUAUAUUACAGAGAGUACGACAAGCUGAGCGAAUGAUAUUGCGGAUAAAAAAAAAUCGUAGGCUUCAUUUUUGUCCAAGGUAAUGCUGAUUCCACGUAUGAUCCCAAGAACAAUGGCCGAUAUCCAUGAUAUUGCAAUGAAUGCCCAGCACACAUUUGAUGUUAUGAGAAUAUUAUACCUCAAGGGCCAUAUGACAGCUAUAAAUCGGUCGAUGGCGAUACAUGUAAUGGCAUUGCCUGUUGAAAAAAUACACACGACAAACAAGGACGCGUGGAUAUACAUAUAUUCAGUCGCAUCCCGUAAUAUGAGCAAAUGUGUACGCCAAGGAAGAUACGUUGUUAAAGCGAUGAAGUCGGAUAUGGCUAAAUUUAGAAUCAUUUUAUCCGAAGCAGUGCGUCGCGAUCGUUUGCGAUGACGAGAAACAAGCAAGUAAAUAAUCACACAUAAAUUUGCUGUAGUUCCAACCAAUAUUUGUGAAGAAGUGAAAAUUACCAACCAUGUUGAAUGUUGUGAACUAAGAAGCCUCGUUUCUUCAGUCGCCGUUAUUUUUCAGUCCAGCAUUGACUAGAAAAUAAUGACAAUUGCAUGAUCAUUUGAAAGUAUGAUGAUCAGUUACUUCCAAACAACUACAAGUUCUCCUGAAUUUCCGACAUCUGCGAUUUACACU